AUGGUAUCAGAUAAGUAGGAGCAAAUUCCAAGCCCAGAAGUGCAAAAGCAACAAGAAGAAGCCAAGCAAGCCAAAGAAGAACAAAGACAAGUCAUGAUUACUCGAAUCUGUGACGCUCAAGCUAGAGAAAGGCUCAGUAGAGUUGCUCUAGUAAAACCACAAAAAGCUAGGGAAAUUGAAGAUAUGCUAAUUCAGAUGGCAAUGAAAGGACAACUUGCAGGACAAGUUAAAGAGCAAGACAUCAUUCAAUUAUUAGAAAAAACCACAGAGCAAGCCAAGACUUCAGUCAAAAUUGUGAGAAGAAAAGGAUCAUUUGAUUCAGACGAAGAAGAAGAUCUUAAUGAUCUCUAA